UUUAUUUUUUUGGUAAAAUUCAUUUAUUUUAUUUUGGUUUAUCUUUCGAAAUGACGUGUUGUAGGUUGAAAAUGUUGCAGUAAGAAUAUAUUUAAUUUAAUUUGUUUUAAAGUGUCUUUUUGUUGUGACGAAACGUAUUUUCCAAUUUUAAGGUAGUGUUAACAAGAUGCACAAUAAUAAAAAGCAAAAACCAGUGAUGGAUCUGAGGAUUAAGUUGAAUCGUAUGAGAGAGGAGAAAGCCAGUCAGGAGGGUUUCUGUGAGCCACCCCCAGAUCCAUCAUACAACUACUUAAGAGAUCCAGAGAGAGAUGAAUAUUCGGAGCAAGCAAGACCCAGGGGUGGAAAUAGAAGGGGACGAGGUCAUGGUAGGGGUGGCCAUAACAAGCAACAAGAUGAUGUCAAUUCUAAGUGGAGGAAUGAGCUAUUUGAUGGGAAACCUGUUAAUAUCAAAGUUGAAUUACAAACUGAGACUGGCGAACAUACAUAUAGCAUAAAUGAUAACCAGACAUUCAGCUAUAGUCAUGAAACUAGUAGAGGUAAGCCAAGGGCAAAUAGAGGAAGAAGGCAACAAAAUACUGAUUAUGCUGAUAAUAAUGAACAGCCUGCUGAAAGUGGAUUAAGUAGGGGUAGGAGGCACCAACAUAAAGAGUACAGUGAACAGGGUGCAAAUGAACAUAAUACUGAAAGUGGAUCAUUUAGAGGAAGAAGACAUCCUAAAGAGUUUAGAGAUGGUAAUGAACAUGCUUCAGCAGAACAUAAUGCUGAAUCUGUAUCAUAUAGGGGAAGAAGACAACAAUACAAAGAAUCUAGUGGUAACAGUGAACAAGGCAUGGAUGAUCAUAAUACUGAAGCAGGUUCAUAUAGGGGACGAAAACACCCACAUAAAGAAUAUAGUAGUAACAGUGAACAAGGUAUGGGUGAUCAUAAUAUUGAAACAGGUUCAUAUAGGGGUAGAAGACAUCAACAUAAAGAUCAAAAUAUAGAGGGUGGUACAUAUAGGGGAAGAAGAUACCAUCAUAAAGAGUAUAGUGGUUACAAUGACCAGGCAACAAAUGAACAUCAUCUACAAAAUAGUUCAUUUAAGGGACAAGGACAUCAAAUUCAUGAGAAUGUUGCUAACAAUGAAGAUGGUUUUGAACAAACUGCUGAAGGUGGUGAUAUGCAAAUGCCUCCAAGAGGUCGUGGUAGAGGUUCCUUUAGAGGCAGGAGCAGAGGUAGGGGAUGGUAUAAAAAACCAAGAUCUUAUAACAACCCCAAAAGUGACCAGACUCUAAGAAAUGAUAUCACUGGUCAAGGAAAUAUUGAACAGGAAGAAACUGAAUUCUAUAAAGAUAUUAUUAAUGAAUCUGUAGUUUAUAAAGACAGUGAUAUUGAAAACAUUGAAAUGAAAACAGCUGAACAAAUUAAGAAUUUCAGUGAAAACUUGGAGGAAGACAUGGUAAAAGCUGAAAAUGCAGAUGAAAUGAAUCCUAUAGAAACAUUGAAUGAAGCUGAAGAAAUUAAUUUAAAAGUAAAUAACGUUGUGAAUAUUGAAGAAAAAGAGCAAAGAAUACCAGUAGAUGAAAUUAAAAUGGUAGAAGAAGAAAUAGAAGUUAAAGUGGAAGAAAAGAAAAUAGAAGUAGAAAAGUUGGAAGAAGUAGAAGAGAAUAUAAAACUAGACGUCGGAGUAGCAAAAGAAAAUAAAGUAGAAGAAUCAGUCGAAAAAGUCAACCAAAAGAUUGAAGAAAUAAAAGAACCAGAAGCGAAAAUUAUAGAAACAAAUGAUGUGGUAGAAACAGAAAAAAUAGUAGAUAAGAUUGAAGUAAAAGAAGAUGCAGUAGAAAAGCAAGUGUUAAAAGAAUAUACAGAAAAAUCUGAACAAAAACUAGAGAAAGUAGAAGAGACAUUAAAAUCAGAAGAUAUAUCAGAAACAGAAGAAAAAGGUAAGCAAGUUGAAGCACAAGUUGGAAAAGCUGAGGAAAAGAUGAAUGAAGUUAAAGAUGCAGAGGUAGCAGCACAAGUAGUGGAUGAAGUAAAAGAGCCUAAAGAGGAAAAGCAAUCGUAAUAUCGUAAAAACGUUUUAAUGGUUUUUAAUUAAUAUAUAAUUAUUUUAUGCUUUUAUUGCAUGUGAUUUUAAUUUAUUUUGUAUGUUUAGAUUGUUUUUUCGACUAUCAUAUUUGCACGCGUUUUGUGAAAUUUGUAAGGGUUAUAAGGGUGGCACGUUAUUAAUUUAUUUAUACAAAUAUUAUUCACUUUUCGGACAUUAGACAAUUGCGAUUGGGAAGCCUUGGUCUAUAUAAUUGUAUUUUUAAUCGAAUCAUUAAAUUAAAUAAAAAAAUAUUGUUAACAUAUUUCGUUAAAAGCAACCAAAUUAUGUAUAUCAGCAUGGACCUAAUUUUAUUUAUCAUUUUAUUGUAUAGGCUGUAAUAUAAAGAAAAAGAAUUUAAAAGUGCAGACUGAGGUAUUCCAUUUAUUACAAAUAAUUAUAUACAUCAUAAUUUUAUUGCUUUUUAUUAAUUGACUAUACUUUACUAAAUGGCUAUUUAUACUGUUAAAUAUUAUAUAAAAUGAAGUUUAUUUAAAUAAAUAUAUACAUUAUACAA